GAAGCCGGGCGGGCAGGCGGCGCCGCGCCUCCGUUGAGCGCUCCCCAUGGAGCAGCUGCCCCGCCAGCCCUGAGCCGGCGGCCCCGGCCGGCCGCCCGCAGCCGCCCCCGAUGGAGCCCGAGGAGCGGAAGAUCUCGGUGUGGAUCUGCCAGGAGGAGAAGCUGAUCUCCGGGCUCUCCCGGCGGACCACCUGCUCGGACGUGGUGCGGGUGCUGCUGGAGGACAGCCACCACCGGCGGCAGCGGCCGGCGCUGCCCGAGCCCGGCGGCGGGAUGCUGUCGGGGCCGCCGCACUCCUACUGCAUCGUGGAGAAGUGGCGCGGCUUCGAGCGGAUCCUGCCCAACAAGACGAAGAUCCUGCGGCUCUGGGUGGCGUGGGGGGACGAGCAGGACAACGUGCGCUUCGUGCUGGUGCGCAGCGAGGCCUCGCUGCCCAACGCGGGGCCGCGCAGCGCCGAGGCGCGGGUGGUGCUCAGCAAGGAGCGCCCCGGCCACGGCCUGGGGGCGGCCCGCGCCAGCCUGGCGCUCACGCAGGAGCGGCAGCGGCGGGUGGUGAGGAAAGCCUUCCGCAAGCUGGCCAAGAUCAACAAGAAGCGGCAGCAGCCGCUGGCCCGGGAGGCCUCGUCGGCGGAGAGGAUGGAGACGCUGGUGCACCUGGUGCUCUCGCAGGACCACACCAUCCGGCAGCAGAUCCAGCGGCUCCGCGAGCUGGACCGCGAAAUCGACAGGUACGAGGCCAAGAUCCACCUGGACCGCAUGAAGCGGCACGGCGUCAACUACGUACAGGACACCUACCUGGUGGGGGCGGCCGGCGGCGGGGAGCCGGAGCCGGUCCGGGAGACACAGCCCGCCGCCGGCCGCCCCGAGGAGGACUACGCCAGGAAGUGCGAGGAGGUGCUGCAGCUGCAGGAGCAGCGGGCGCAGCAGGAGGAGCUGCUGGAGCACCUGGCCGCCGAGAUCCAGGAGGAGCUCAACGAGCGCUGGAUGAAGCGGCGGCGGGAGGAGCUGGAGCUGGCGGCGGGGCCCGGCCUGGCCGAGACGGACUGCGACACCACGGAGCUGAGCGGCGGCGGCGAGGGCGAGCUGCACUUGGAGCACGAGCGGGUGAAGACCCAGCUGAGCACCAGCCUCUACAUCGGCCUCAAGCUGAGCACGGACCUGGAGGCCGUCAAAACCGACCUGGACUACACGCAGCGGGCGUGGGAGGACAAGGAGCGGGAGCUGCAGCGCCUGCUGGAGACGCUGGGCACCCUGGACGUGGCGGCCGAGGCGCCGGCGGAGCCGCGGGGGGCGGCGGGCGGGGGACGGCCGGCGGCGGGGGGCAGCGCGGCCGGCUGGGUGGAGCAGGCGCGGGCGCUGCGCAAGGACCGCGCCGACAACGACGAGGACUCGGACACGGGGCUGAGCUCCAUGCACAGCCAGGACUCGGACUCGCUGCCCGUCUGCGAGUCCCUCGUCUAGCGCCCGGGCUGCGGGCGGGCGGGCGCCCCGGGAGCCGGUGCGGGGCUGCGGGCGGGCGGCCCGGCCGCCGCGGGAGGCAGGCACACGGAGGAGCCGUCUGCCUUGCAGCU